AUGGCACUUCUUACGCAAUUCUUCGUUGCCGUGAUUUCACUUGCGGCGUUGGCACUGAGUCAAAACUUCAACAACCCCGUGUUAUGGGAAGACCUCGCCGACAAUGAGGUCAUCCGAGUCGAUAACGCCUACUAUUACACUGCCUCAACUAUGCAUUACUCACCCGGCGCUCCGAUUUUGCGGUCCUAUGACCUCGUCAACUGGGAGUACCUCAGCCAUGCCGUUCCCACCCUUGCAUGGGGUAGCAAGUACGACUUGGCUGCAGGCCAGCAGGCUUACGUCAAGGGCAUCUACGCUUCUACUCUCAGGUUUCGCAAGAGCAAUGGGCUUUGGUACUGGAUGGGCUGCAUCGAGUACACUGGCACAUACGUCUUCACCGCGCCAUCGCCAACUGGCCCUUGGUCUCAGAAAGCCAGAAUCGCCACUUGCUACUACGAUGCCGGGCUUCUCGUCGAUGAUGACGACACCAUGUAUGUCGCAUACGGUAACACCGAACUUAACGUUGCUCAGCUGUCUGCCGAUGGACUUUCUGAGGUUCGGAAGCAGGCAGUGUAUUCCACGCCGUCGAAUAUUGGAGCCUUGGAGGGAAGUCGCAUGUACAAACGCAAUGGGAAAUACUACAUCUUCGUUACCAAGCCAGCAACAAGCCAGUACGUCCUGCAGGCAAGUAGCCCAUGGGGACCGUACACCAUCAAGGCUCUCGUCGAGAGCGUAGCUGCUCCGGUGUCUGGAGCGGGAAACCCUCAUCAAGGGAGCUUGGUCGAUACGCCAGACGGAAGAUGGUAUUACAUGGCGUUCAUCGACAACUAUCCCGGUGGCAGGGUUCCGGUUCUCGCCCCUGUCACAUGGGGUUCCGACGGCUUUCCGACGGUUACUCUCUCCAACGGCGCCUGGGGCAAGUCAUACCCCUAUCCGGUAACUCAGAAAGCUGUACAAUCUACUCUGGGCACGGAUGCGUUUGCAGGAUCAUCGCUUGGUCCGGCUUGGGAGUGGAACCACAACCCUGAUACAACCAAGUUCAAAGUCAACAAUGGGUUGACUCUCAGCACUGCGACAGUCACGAACGAUCUGUACGCGGCUCGGAACACCCUGACGAAGCGGAUUCAUGGUCCCGUUGGAGUCGGCACGGUUAUCAUUGACUUCACUUCAAUGGCCGACGGCGACCGUGCUGGUCUCUCCUUGUUGCGCCAAGACUCGGCUUAUAUUGCCGUCGAACGAUCCGGCUCAGCGUACUCGAUCGUCAUGUACAAUGGCCUUAAGAUGGUGUCUAGUACCUGGGCUACGGCUUCGACAGGUUCUCAAGCGGCAAGCACGCCAAUCUCGCAACGUCGGGUCUGGCUCCGCGCUACCGCUGACAUCAAUCCCGGUGCUGGGAAGAAGGGCUCGUUUUCCUACAGUCUUGAUGGCUCGACGUUUGUGAAGUUCGGUUCUGAGCUUACUCUCAACAAUGAAUGGCCGUUCUUCAUGGGUUAUCGAUAUGGCAUUUUCAACUUUGCAACGAAGGCUCUUGGCGGCUCUGUCAAAGUUGAAUCUUUCACAGUCGCCUAA